AUGCCUCUACUCUCAACUCCUGUGCCCAGCUUGGCGGCGGACGGUCCCCUGACAGUGGCAAGAGCAAUCGAAGAACGUUCGAUACGCUUUGUGACGGACAUUGAGCUCAACUUUAUACUCCGAAUCUUCCUGGACCUGGACAAGAUUAUCAGCCUCAUCCCCCGCUGCCUCGACGCCACUGAGGAGGGUAUGACCCAUGUUGAGCGCCUCGCAUACCGUCUCAGCAAGAACCUCCCCGGCUACGUGCCGAUGGAAUGGAUCGCCAACUACGUCUACAAGAACAUCCCGCUUCUCGAGUUCAAGAAGAUCGACGACCCCACCCUCGUACUCCCUCCCAACCCCAAGCUGAUCCCACGCGGAAAGCGUGGGGCCCGUGGCCUUCCCGGUCCUCGGGGCCCCGGCGGAGUUUGUGCUCGUCAACUCGGCUACGCCAUGCCACUGAAGGAAUUCGUCGACGACGUGCAGCUCGACAAGGUUAGCUGGGUUGAGUGCCUCGCUCAGUCCAACAUUGUUCCCGUCGCUGGCUACCCAUACGACAUUGACGACCUUUUCCCUCUGGACGAAUGGCCUGGCGAGGUUGUUGGCUCGUGCUGCGAGUAUCAUCAGAAGGUGAUCCGGGACGGCCUGAUACCGCCCUUCGAUUUCCUUGCGGGCGCAGGGAGCUCGGCGGACUCGAAAGGCGACACGCAGCCUCCGCCCAGCACGAAGAGGAAGAAGUCUGCGCAUUCGGCUGCCGACAGAUUCCCCACCUUCCAGCCGACUUUGGAUGGGGUUGUAGUGAAGAAACAUGUUGUCUACGAGGGUCUCAACCGCGUACCCUCUGGCAAAUUCAGAGUCUUCGCUGGGAAGAACAAUAAGAUUACUAACUACUUUGUUGCACCUUUACCAGAGCCCUUCAACGCCGCAAUCGAGACGGAGCUGGAGGCACACGUGGACCUUGUGCAGGAGGACCGAUUUUUCUCGCAGUACAACGCCAAUGAGGAUAUUAUAUGCGAGCCAGUCCCGAAACGCUACCAGGACGAUCCUGUUGGCGUGUUUAUGCCCCUGCGGCAGGAGUACCUGGACGAGACGCUCCGCUGGGAGUCGCGUGGCAGCAUGAAGUACACGGCACAGUGCAGGGAUUGCGGUGAUCCCGCGCCACGCUUCAGAUGCAGAGAUGGGUGUAUGGGGCGCUGGAUGUUCUGUCAGUCCUGCAUCGUGAAGCAACAUGCGUAUACACCACUGCAUUGGAUGGAGGAAUGGUUGGAGGCGGACGGACACUUCCAGCGCACCGACCUCAAGACGCUGGGCCUGCGCGUCAACUUGAAUCACCCCCCUGGAGAGUUCUGCAUGUUGGCGCACGCUGCCGACAAGGACUUCACCGUCAUACACGACAACGGCAUCCACAAUGUCUCAGUCGACUUCUGCCAUUGCGCUCAGGGUCACAACAUUUCGCACCGUCAGCAACUGAUGCGCAACGGUUGGUGGCCGGCAACGCCCACAUCUCCUCAGACGUGCGCGACGGAGACCUGCCUACGCCAAUUCGACAAGAUCAACGCGCUCAGCAAGGUGGCCGUCUAUGAGUACUGCCGUGCUCUGCAGAAGCUCAGCGAUAGCGGUGACAACAAGGUCCCGGACAAGCGACGUGCGUUCAUGAAUAUUGUCCGACAACGCCGUCAUAUCCAACUACUCAAACGCGGUGGCCGCGCACACGUGAACAACGGCGUCGAGACCACGGAGAACGGCCAACUGGCGCUCAGAUGCCCGGCGUGUCCGCAGCCGGGGCGGAACCUCCCUCUCAAUUGGGAAUCAGCGGCCGUGGCGGAUAGCUUCCUUUACCGGCUUUACCUCGCGCAAGACGCCAACUUUCGCCUUCAAAAUACGACUGCAUCCAAUGAGGCUCGUGACCCCCCGCUAGGCGAUGGCUGGGCGUAUUUCGUACCUCGUGGGCCCUAUCUCGACUAUAUCAAGCGGUUUGUCGAUGAGGUGGAUAUAUCCACAUGCUCCGGUUUCGCCGCGCUCUUCCUGGCGAAUCUCAAGCGCGUCCUCGGCCUACGAGCCACGGGCGUUGGCGCGGUAUCUUGCUCUAGGCACAAUGUAUUCCGACCGAAUGGCGUAGGGGACCUGCAGAAGGGUGAAAGAUUCUCGAACAUGACUUACAUCCUGGCAUCAGCUCUUCGAGAGUCCGGCAUUCGCGAGGUCCUUCACACGUACGAUGUCUCGUGCAUCUUCAAGAUCAACCUGUGGCGGCGCAACGAGUCGCUCCCGAGGGAGCUUCGCAUCAACGUCGCCCCCGACAAGCUCAUUUCGCGCGUACCGAAGUUCCACUUACCCGCCCACACCAUUGCCUGCCACGCGAAGGAAGCGCUGAACUUCACCGACGGCGCUGGCGACACGCACGGCGAGACAAUCGAGCAGAAUUGGUUCGGCUUGAACAAGGCCGCCGCGCAGACAAAGCCCAUGGGCCCGGGCACACGACAGCUGACGCUCGAUUGUAUGAUCGGGCACCACAACCAUACCUUCAUCGCGAGUAUGGCAAGAACGGUCAAGGCGUAUGCUGUUGCAUAUCCGGAGUUCAAGCAACUCCACGACGGCCUCUUCGAGCACGACCCCAUCACGGUUCAGCAAUGGCUUCAAGAUGAGCGCGACUGGCAGGUCGACAAGACCAAGCCCUGUCCGUAUGAGUAUCAUGCGCAUUUUGAUGCUGAAGGUCGGCUAGACAAGUCCGUCAAGGAGGUGGAGCUCGACCUGGAGAAAGAGGAGAGGACGACAACAUCGGAUGGGACUGCCGUCGUGCGCGAGUGCACGCCCUCGUCUCUUAUCAGGACUGGUCUUGACAUACAGCACUCACAGAUAUCUAUGAAGAAUCCCACGGCAGCGCAGGAGGUCGAGCUGAUGAAGCGCGCGAGGAAUCUGAAGACGCGGAUCCGGCGCUAUCGACGGCAGCAAGAGAUCUUCAUGCCCGGGCUCAGAGCGCAUCUCGCCGCCACCAAGAAGGAGCUCCUAGACGACAUCGACGACGCCGAAAACAUCGCUCUGUUCCUGCCGUCCGAGAUCAACGGUACGCGAGCUCGUGCAGCUGUGUGCGCACCGGGUCUCGAUGUCGUUGAAGCUCGUCUACGCGAGGGCGAGGCGCAUGAAGCGCUGGAAGAAGUGCGACGUGCACUUCGCGCCCGAACCGUCACAAACACCUUCCGAAACCGACAAGUACGCGGCAUCACUCUAGCUACGCGCUCCCGCGGAGUCUUGGACAAGAUCUCCAAGCGCGUGCACAGUGCGAAGCUGCGCUAUCGAUUCUCGCGUGCGGCUUUGCUCCGUCUGCGCGGACGUGGCCCCUGGGAGGAGGUGCUGCGCGAGCUCUCCGAUGACGAUGUACGCGCGCUGAACGAGCGUGCGCUGACACGAGAAGAGAAGGCCCUACGCGACAGCGGACAGCGUCUUGCGGAUGUCGACUUCGGGGCUGACGACGGCAUAUACAUCGCCGGUGUUGUUGCCCGCGGAGAGAGCUCCAGGACGCUCUCAUGGAUAUGGUAUUCCGUUCCUCAGGACCCCAGCCUAUCCGACUCGGUACAGAAUGAAGCUCUUCGUGUCGAGUACCUCAAGUCCAAGGCCCGACGGGAUCGCCAUCGCGAGGAAAUUCGCCUGCUCCUCGAGGAGAUGCGCCGAGUUAUCGCCAGUAACGAGGCAGACGCGGCAGAGUGGCAGCAGCGCGCAUCAUCUCGGAUGUGCGAGGACGAGCAGCUUCGUGAAGGACUGCAGUCCUAUGCGCUCGAGCAUGCCGCUCACGCUACGGCUCGUGCAGCAAGGCUGGCCGAGAAGUGGCGCGACAUACGGCACCGUGCGGACGACGCGCUGGCGCUACGCUUUGACGGCGCGCAUACCCUGCACGAAGCAGAGGCUCGUCAGGAGCUUGAUGACCUCACCGAUACUCUCAACGACAGUCCCGACGACGGCGACGAGGCAAUGCGUGCUCCCUUCGAGGCCAUCAGCACCAAUACCCGGCAGGUGGCAGCCCAGCAACGCGAGCGGCAGGCUCCGACGGCACCGAAGGCCAUCACUGGCGGUACCGUCGAACCGGCGAUAUCAGAUUGUGACCGAAAACGGCCGGGGACCGUGAAUAACGCGCCAGAAUUACCGGAAAAGCAGGGGAACCCAAGCCCGACCAUGGUGACGAAGGGCGAAAGCCGCCACCGCCUGCAAUUUUCCACACAUCUGAUGAGCAGCGCGUGA